CAGGAGGUCUGUGUCACUGUGACGUGGAGUUACAUUUCUGGGGAGGUGCACAUCAGGCUACAGCAGGAUUUAUACUUCUGCAUGGAAUUGACACCGUACCUACAGCAUAGGCUGACGUGGACCUAAUACUGCAUCUAAUACUGAGAGUGCUGAGAGUGUGUCCAGUGGCUCAGUGGGUGGAGCAGGCGUCCCAUGUGUAAGGGCAGUGUCCUCGCUGCAGCAGCCGCCUCUCAAAUAAAGUCAAAAGACAAAAAAAAUCAUCUUUAGAAAAGAAAAGAAAAGAAAAGAAAAGAAAAGAAAAGAAGUACAAAAUAACAGACCCACUGUCAGCAGCAGAGUUAGCAGAGUUAGUAGCAUUAGCAGAGUUAGCAGAGUUAGUAGCAUUAGCAGAGUUAGCAGUACCAGCAGUAAUAUUGUUGGUUGGUUUUUAACCUUGUGUCUUUAUUUCAGCCAAAGUUCUGCUGGAGCUGGCUGAGGGUUCGUCUGUUGACAUGGCAACCAAGCUGUUUGUGGAGGCAGGGCUUUCUCCUCACCUGACAGGCUCGGAGGCUCUGACCAUGCUGGCUCCUCUGGACGAAGCCUUCAAAGGACGUGACACGACGAUGACGCCUGAGUUGACGAAGCUGAUGACCAAUCACCUUCUGAAGGAGCAGCUGUCCUCUAAGUCUCUGUAUCACGGUCAGGAGCUGGAGACGAUGGGAGGCCUCAAACUGCGAGUGUUCGUCUACAGAAAUAACCUGUGCAUUGAGAACGCCUGCAUCGCUGCUCACGAUAAGACAGGACGCUACGCCACCAUGUUCACCAUGGACAAAGUCCUCACUCCACCCAUGGGGACCGUCAUGGACGUCCUGAAGGCAGAUGACCGCUUCAGCCUCCUGGUCGGAGCCAUCCAGACAGCGGGGAUGACGGAGCUGCUGAACCAGCAGGAGGCGCUCACCUUCUUUGCUCCCACCAACGACGCCUUCAACGCUAUGCCUCAGCAGGAACUCAACAAGCUGAUGCGUAACCGUCAGGAGCUGUCAGGUGUGCUCAGGAAUCACCUGGGGGCGGGCCUGCUGGUCAGCGGAGGCGUUGGAUCUCACACCAGAGUCAAACCUCUGCAGGGAAAGAAGCUGGAGCUGGGUGUGCAUAACUACACAGUGUACGUCAACAGGGUGCCGGUGGCCGACGCAGACCUGAUGGCGACUAAUGGAGUCGUUCACGCCGUCAACAGCAUCAUCAGACCUCUGCCUCCGAAGGUGGACAGAGAACAGGCUGAUGGACCUGCAGCUCCGCUCAGAUCAGCUGCUUCCUUCAGGGCCGACUCCAAGAGCUUCAGGAACGACGACCUGUUCCAGAAGGUGGUCAACAGUCGCUCCAGCAGGACGAUGAAUCAGUGAGACGUCAGCACAACGUCUGAGGAACCAAAGAACAGAACGUGUUCUCCUCUCAAAGGGUCAAAGGUCACAAAGCUGAGAGGAAAAAUCCCCCUCGAGUCUUUUCACUCUGCAGGAAGUAACGUCACCUUUCACAAUAAAAGCACAUCAGUGAUUCAUGAAGGGAACAAAACAUUAAAGGCUUUAACAUACAUAGAAAUAGAAUGAUUAAACUGUGGUUAGUUUGAGUCCCAGUGAGACACAGAGGUCAAACUAAAGUGGAGUCAAUGCUUUCAUUGAACUGUGAGAAAUGUAGUAGACGUAUGAGUGAAGCAGACGAGGCUGGGAGCCAGCACAGAUCACUGAUCACUGAUCAAUACAUGAAUCAGACAGUGUGGGAGGACCUGACGGGGAUUUUUCUUCAGUUUGUAGAGAAGAAGAUUUUUUUAUUUUUUACCGACUCAGCCGUUGAUUUUCUUUGUACUGUAAAAAACAGACGUCACUUCUGAAGUCCAAAGUUUGAACCUUAACAUGUAAAACUUUUGUAAAGUGUGUUUCUGUUGUUGUUGUUGUUGUUGUUUACUCUGUGUGUCGUUGUCCUGCAGCAUGUCGGCAGGUCUGAGCUCAAACAAACAAACAAAGUGACCUGAUGGAUUUCUGGAGGGUUUUUUUUUUAGGAUUUUUUUCUUUGUGAUUUUUUUGUAAAAUAAAACUGAAAAAUGAGCUCUGACAAA